UUGGAGUUUUGUUCCCGGGACUGACCUGCUGUUCGGUACUGGAUCCUCCUUUAGUCUUCUUCACCGGUUGGGAUUACAAGCUUGCCUUUUCCCUCUGGAUCCUGUUUGCACCUCGAUCGACCCUCGCCCGUCUGACUACUCUCUGGAUUUCCCUUUGGACACUGUAUGCCACUCGUCUGACCACACGCCUGUUUGACCCUGCCUCUGUCUCACCCUUUGGAUUGUCGGAACUCUGUUCCGUUAUUUUGUUUUUUGACUCUUGUCUUGCUGAUUUAUUAAAUUAUUUUGAUUUGAAUCUGCCCUUGAGUCCAGUUCUUCCGAGCGUGACAGCGUCAAAAUACGGAAAAGUUUCUUGUUGUUUCUUCUUUGGACACACUGAAGGUAUCCUGUUCGAUAUGGGCCAGUCAGAUAUAGCCAACGUGACAGAUGAUGUGGUUCACGGUGAAAACCACAACACCGCCUGGCAUGAAGGCAACGUGGGCAAUGACAGCAUUAAUCCUUACAAGCCCACCUUUGUGGAUGACAUCACCAAGCACCUGGGCGUUCAAAUUUCUCUUAUAUUAGCCUAUUCCCUUAUCAUCCUGCUGGGACUUGUGGGGAACAGCCUGGUCAUUUACAUGAUCAUUCUGUACAGAAACAUGCGCACGGUCACCAACUACUUCAUCGCGAACCUGGCCUUGGCCGACCUGAUGGUGGACACUGUGUGUUUACCUUUCACGCUGGUCUACACGCUGAUUGAUGAAUGGAAGUUUGGAAAAGUCAUGUGUCAUAUGGUGCCUUACAGCCAAGCUCUCAGCGUACACGUCUCCAUUCUCACGCUGACGGUGAUUGCUUUAGAGCGCUACAGAUGUAUAGUCUUUCAUCUUGGCCAGCGGCUCAACAGAUGCACUAGUUUCGUGAUUAUCGGUCUAACUUGGGCCUUCGCCGCCAUACUGGCCGGACCUUUGGCGAUUUUCAGGGAGUAUCGGCACGAGGAGAUCCCGUACAUUGACUGGCGAAUCGCGGUUUGCUCUGAGAAAUGGCCCAAUGGCACCAAUCGGGACGCCGUCAUCUACAGUCUGUCGAUGCUUGUCCUGCAGUACGUGGUACCGCUGACCAUCAUCAGCUAUGCUUACGUGUGUAUCUGGGUCAAGCUGAAAAACCACGUCAACCCGUCUAACCGCAACGACAGCUUCGUCCGCCGCAAGAAAACCACCAAGAUGCUGGCUCUGGUGGUUGUCGUCUUCGCGGUUUGCUGGCUUCCAUUCCACGUGUUCCAGCUGACCAGUGAUCUCGACUUGAUUCUGAAGUUCAAAGAGUACAAACUAAUUUAUACCUUGUUUCACAUAGUGGCGAUGUGCUCAACGUUUGUCAACCCGCUACUCUAUGGCUGGAUGAACCAGAACUACAGGAAUGGCUUCCUCAUGUUCUUCCGCUGUGAGCACAAGCCAGACACCAUCUGCCCCGACGGCUCCUUCAGGACUCGUUCUUGGAGACGGGUGAUUGUCAACGGGCGCAAUGACGGUCAGCCAGCCGCUGCUGUCUGAUCACAAAUCCUGCGUUCCAUUUCGAAGGCCUCAUCCCUAUGCCCUAAGCCCUUCAAAGGAUUUACCCUCCGGAGUGAGAGCUUCAAAGGGUUGAAGGGUGUAAGGGACCAAACAACUGUUUCUUGAAGUGCCCUUCUGCGUCAUCAUCCCAUGCCCAUAAGGAGGCGCUGUCGUGGCUGUCAAAAAGUCAUGGGGUUGCGAAGUGUCCAUCAGUUGUACCCUUCGAAAUCCUUCAUUCCGAAGGGCCCUUUGAAGUGUCUAGUUAUGAGCACUUCGAUUUGGAAUGACCCUUCAAUACGGCGACCAUCAUUGUUUUCACUCCGAAGUGCCCUUUGGAUUGCGAUAUAUCCCAUUUGGAACGUACCGAAAGAUUGAGGCUGUCAGCCUCUGAUGGGCAACUAAUGGGCAUUCCAGCACAACAUAUGAAUGGCAGAUUCUUAUAGUAAACCUUAAACUUUGCUGGAUGGUUGGGUAAAAUAUGGACAAGGCCAGUUGUUGGUUUAAACUAACCUAUAAAUGUCCAUGGCGUAAAACAACCCAGGAUUUUGGUUUGAAAAAACUCGGCAUAGUUGUUUUAAAGUCAACGAUUGCCUUUGUCUGUAUUUUACCCAACCAUUGGUUGAAACAACUCAAUAUUUUUCGAGUGUAGAGUGAAUGUUCCAGUGAAUGUUUUUUGAUUUUGGCAACUUUGACUCUUUGGUUUAUCAUUGUCUGUUGUGCAUUUAUACUGUAAUGUAAUCUGUCAGAUCUGAUAUAGACAUAUUAGGUAGCUCAUUCAGUAAUUCAGCUAUACAGUAAAUUUACGUACUAUACCGUACAUGCACACUGCAGGAAAAGUAUCAGUAGUAUUCUGUACAUUGCUCAUGUCCAUGUUUAUGCGAACAUUUGACAUUCAACAGUCUGUGAGUUAUUGUAAAUAAAUAAUAAAUGUGAUGUGUCCAAAGUGAAAAUGUCUUGCAUGAUUUGUACUGUGUAAACCGACAUGUACUGUAUAUAAUGUAAAUGCAUUAUGGUACUGAUUGUAUUAAUUGUAUAGUAAAUUAUGAAGGCUAUAAUGUACUUUGUUUGAUGUAUGUACGUAUAUGUGGCAUAUUUAAUCUUUAUGAUGUGGUACUUGUGAGAUAAAAUAAAAGG